CUCUCUCUAAAAUCAAAACCUUCAAUCAAAUCUCUCCUCCCUCCUCUCUCUUGUUCUCCUCCUACAGUUGCUCUGUUCUUACAAAACAAUGGCUCUUUCAAGCAAUACAUCUCUGUCUGCAAAAUCAAUUCUUCUCCAACAAAAUCAACCACUUCUCUCAUCAUCAAAAUCAAACUCCCUUCCAUUUCUACCCAAGAAACCCACCAAAAGAAUCUCAGCUGUUCAUGCUGCUGAACCUGCUAAGAAUCAAGUAGUUUCACCUGCAAAACCAAAACCUACUACUGUACCAGCAACAACACCACCAUUGAAAUGGAGUAUUGAUAGUUGGAGAUUAAAGAAAGCUUUGCAAUUGCCAGAAUACCCAGAUCAAAAUGAACUUGAAUCCGUUCUUAAAACUAUUGAUUCUUUCCCACCUAUUGUAUUUGCUGGUGAAGCUAGACAUUUAGAAGAACGUAUUGCUGAAGCUGCCAUGGGUAAAGCUUUUUUGCUUCAAGGUGGUGAUUGUGCUGAGAGUUUCAAGGAGUUUAAUGCUGUGAAUAUUAGGGAUACUUUCCGUAUCCUUCUUCAGAUGUCUGUUGUUAUGAUGUUUGGUGGUCAAAUGCCAAUCGUCAAGGUAGGAAGAAUGGCAGGUCAAUUUGCAAAACCCAGAUCAGACAAUAUGGAGGAAAAAGAUGGAGUCAAAUUACCAAGUUACAGGGGAGAUAAUGUUAAUGGUGAUGCUUUUGAUUCAAAAUCAAGAACUCCUGAUCCCCAAAGGUUGAUUAGGGCAUACUGUCAAUCAGCUGCAACAUUGAAUCUGCUUAGGGCAUUUGCCACUGGUGGUUAUGCAGCUAUGCAAAGGGUUACUCAAUGGAACCUUGAUUUCACUGAACACAGUGAACAAGGAGACAGGUACCGUGAAUUGGCUCACCGAGUUGACGAGGCUUUAGGAUUCAUGAGUGCUGCUGGUCUUACUGCUGAUCAUCCAAUUAUGUCAACCACUGAGUUCUGGACAUCACAUGAAUGCUUGCAUUUGCCUUAUGAGCAAUCUCUAACCAGGGAGGAUUCAACUUCAGGGCGUUACUAUGGAUGCUCCGCCCAUAUGCUUUGGGUCGGUGAGCGUACCAGACAAUUGGAUGGUGCUCAUGUUGAGUUCUUGAGAGGUGUUGCCAAUCCCCUCGGUAUCAAGGUGAGUGACAAGAUGGAUCCAAAUGACCUAGUGAAGCUCAUUGAGAUCUUGAACCCUCAGAACAAGGCAGGAAGAAUUACAGUUAUUGUAAGGAUGGGAGCUGAAAACAUGAGAGUCAAAUUGCCCCAUUUGAUCCGGGCAGUUCGCAGAUCAGGACAAAUUGUGACAUGGGUCAGUGACCCUAUGCACGGUAACACCAUCAAGGCUCCCUGCGGUCUAAAGACUAGACCUUUUGAUGCAAUCAGGGCUGAGGUGCGCGCCUUUUUCGAUGUUCAUGAACAAGAAGGAAGCAACCCAGGAGGAAUCCAUCUUGAAAUGACUGGACAGAAUGUGACUGAGUGCAUCGGAGGGUCAAAGACUGUUACCUUUGACGAUCUAAGCUCUCGAUACCACACUCACUGUGACCCAAGACUUAAUGCUUCACAAUCUCUUGAACUUUCCUUCAUUAUAGCCGAGCGUCUAAGAAAGAGAAGGCCUGUCUCAGAAGUUCCAGUGACUCAUUCCUCAUCAUCUUCAGUUCUGUAGACUACUUCUUAGAAGGGAUUUAGUGAAGCAAUUUACCACCCCAUCACGUUUGGUUCUGUACUUUAUAUUUGUUUGAGCACUGUUUUUUUUUUUACCUUUUUUUUUGAGAUGUUAAUUUUAAGUAAUUUUGUGUAUGAAGUAUGAACAAUUAUGGGGCUCUUAACUCCCGUUUCUGAGAGUUAAAUAAACAAAAAGAUUAAAUUAUCAAUGU